CCUGUUCAAAUGAAAUAACAUUUUAAGAAAUCUCCAGUUGUUAGUCGUUAUUGAUGUUUUGAUUUUAAUAUGUUAGCAGAGCUUAUGCAACUUCGUUUAAGUUGAAUUUACUAGCCUUUUCCGAAGAGUUAGAAAAAUAUCAUGAAUAUAAUAUGAAAUAAGAUGAUAGAAUCCAUAUGCAAUGAGUAAAUGAUGUGUUAUGUAUGUUUAGGGCAUGUGCUCUUGCGUGUCAAAAAUGUUAAGUUUUACGGUAUAACUUAUUCAUCCUAAUCCUUACAAUCAUUGUGUGCACUUUCAAUAAAUAUUUAGUUUAAUUUAAAUAUUUUAUUCAUCAUGAUUCAUACUAUGAAAUAUAAAUCUGCAUUAACAUCUUUUUGUAAUCAUGUUGGGCAUGGCAGAAUAUUUGGAAGUUAUGCUAUUUUGUGUCAGAACAAUCCCCAUAUUGAAAGGAAAAUGCAUCGACCAUUUCUUCAGAUUUCAUCAAAUAUUUCAACAUCUCCAGACGUCUUAAAAGUUCAUACGAUUAAAGGCUGGAAAACCAUUGCAGCAACAGGUGUAAAAUUAAAGGCGAGAGCUAAUUCAGAUGAUUUCUCAUCAGCUUGUGAAGAAGGAAGCAAUGCAAUUUUACAUUCAGAUUUAAUUGCAGAAUUACAGAAUUGUAAUUCAGUUUCAUCCCAGAUAGCAAAAUUUUGCUCUUUAAUGAGUUUAUCAGAUGAAGAUAGAGACAACAGAACAUUGUUUUGCAAAUCACUUGAGGACAUGUUUAAAAUAUAUUUUACUAAUUUUAAACUUCACCAGUUUGGAUCAAGUGUUAAUGGCCUUGGCUUCAAAGGUUGUGAUGUGGAUGUAUGCCUUCAAACUCUAUUUUAUGAUGAGAAUUAUGUUACUCUAAAAGAUGUACCUACUCUUGAUUCUGUGCUGGAUGGAUCAGUAUCUCAAGAAACUUUAAGUCGCUUAACUCCUUUGUAUAUGUUACGUUUUGUAAGGCGAAUACUUCGAAGGCACGGCACAGCAGAUAUAAAAGAGCCCAUAUUGUUUAUAAAGGCUCGUUGCCCUAUUCUACGAUUUUAUAAUGCAAAAUACGAUGUAUUUUGUGAUUUUUCGUGUGAAUCUGAAAAUUCACUUCGUAACACACGAGUAUUGCGCUUGAUAUGUCAGCUGGAUGAAAGAUUUGUGGUUUUGGCAAAGCUGGUUCGAUAUUGGGGGAAAUAUGGUGGUUUUGUUGGUGAUAUUGAUAGAUUCAAUAGUUAUGCAUUUUCUCUCUUUGUUAUCUACUUUCUCCAGAAUGUGCACCCUCCAGUAUUGCCACCCUUACAAGAAAUCAUUGAUAAAUCAAAUUAUUUGAAAACAGCUUCUGUGGCAGAUGUUUCAGUGAUGAUUGAAGAUUUGAAAAAUUUUAAGCCCUCAGAAAAUACAACACCAGCUGAAAAACUACUGAGGGAUUUUUUCUUUUUUUACCUGAAUUUUGACUUUGAGAGAGUAUUACUUCCAUAUUCUGGUUCCAGUGUUCAUAAAAGUGAAUUUUCGCCUGUCGACAAUUCUGGAGAUAAUUUUAUGUUUGGUACUGUUAGUAUCCAAGAUCCAUUCCGUCACUCGUACAAUGCCACUACAUCAGCAAAUUUUAAAUAUUGUGUCAAAUUUAUGAGUAGUUUAGUACAAGUGUGUGAUAUUUAUCAAGACAGUGAAAACUGGUUACCAGAAACAGAAAUGUGGGGCUUAUGUUCUCUACUUAAGCCUCCUACAAAUGAGAUUAAACUCUCAAAAGAAUUGCAAGAAAAGCAUACUCAUCAGAUAAGACUGAAAGUGAUACCAGGUGCAGCUUUAAAAUUAAGGAGUAUUUUUGAGCAUGGAUUAUUAUUUCAAUGUAAAGAAUUCAGUGUAGACAGCAAUUCAAGUAAGAUACUUAAACUACAGUGUAGAGUUUAUAGAAAUACUUGGCAAGGACGUGAUGUGGUUUUCCAUAAAUAUCAAAAUUCUGAGAGUGAACUUUUGGAAAUUGAACAUAUGGUGUCUAAAGAAAUAAUUAAAAAUAAGACAGAGUCUAGGAGAGAAAUUUUAGCUGAAUUUAUGUUUGAAUGCCAAGAAGUUGAAGCACAUAAUGGGAGAGACUUGAUUUUAAAUUUUAAUUUUACUGGGAAAAAGUUUCCCUAUGUCUUAAUUAUAUUUUUAAAGGAAUAUGUACCUCAUAUUUAUAAUAAAAUGGGAUAAAGUUAUGUGUCUUA